UCCAUCUACGUCACUUUGCAAACGACUGGCACGGGCCGUCUUUUACCAACGAUGACAGUUGUGUUGACUUCGUAGCGAUCGAGUUCGUAGGAGUCAACGGAAGCGGUUAUGCAUCCCGGCCUUGGCAUUCGGGCGCGUUUAAAUUGUGCUAGCGUCGACAUAUCCCUGCACGGACACGGACCGCAGACAAUCAGUGGUGGAAAGGCUGUCUGUGUUUGUUGUUAAAAAUCCAAGUGCUCCAAACCAUGCCGAGCUCUCCGAUUGGUUGUUCGUGCUUUCAAAGAAGCCAUCGCUAUAGCAACAACACCGGGUAUUCGGGCAGCCUCCAGCCGCCAUGACAGGAGAUGGAGGAUGCCACCGAGCUUGGAUUCAUCUCCUGUCAACAUUCCCGCAGAAGCUUGCCAUGUUCCCACAACGCUUGCAGCGGGAGUCCUCGCAAGAUACAUCAGCGUCUGGAAGCUGACCCUGGCGGGAUCUGUGGUCAGCGCCAUGAGCGUUUCGCUCUGCUACUUCGCCAAUGGCAUACCCUAUCUUAUCGCCUUCUACGGAAUAUUACAAGGCAUCACCGCCGCGUACACGACGCUUACUACCACGGUCAUCAACCGACACUUCACUAACUACAAGACAGUCGCUUCUGGCAUUAGCAACGCAGGAUUCACGAUCGGAGGCCUCGCCUUCCCCCCGAUUGCACAGCUCUUCUUCGACCGUUACGGCCUAAGAGGAGGUCUGUUGUUGGGGGGUGCUUUGAUGCUCAACGCUGCCGCCGCCGCCUUGCUACAACGAGAUCCUCGUGUGGUGUCUGUUCCUACUUCUCACGAGAAAGCACGGACUGAUUCUCCUAGAGCCAAGGCAUUACAAGGAGCCACCCUUGAGAAUGAGGGUUCCCGCGCUCCAGGAGAGCUCUCAGCCGGACUCCUGCCAAAAUCUGCGCGGUCGUCAAGUGAAGAUAAUUUAAGCACCGAAGAUGAAGACAUAAAUAUUCUUUUGUCUUCAAGAGUGACAGACAACCCCGGAACUGAUCAGCUCAAUGCACAAAAUAUAGAACUAGUGGAACCACAAGUUCAGGAUGCGCUAAAUAUGUACGACGUUUCGAGGACAGCACAGAAGCUAGUAACAGGGUCAAGUGUUCAAAGCCAUAUACUCGGAUCAUUGUCGUUCUUUGCCAUCCCCAAGUUCUACGCCAUUGCAUUCUCAUAUUCACACAUUUUUCUUAGCGUUACCACCUACAUAACCGUCGUCGUGGACUUCGCAAUGGAUCAGAAAAUAUUGAAAUGGAACGCUGUUCUCUUGAUCACGAUCUUUGCAACAGCGGAGAUGGUGUCGAGUUUUGCAUCCGGAUGGGUUACAGACAAGGGCUUCUUGAGAAGGAGCACCAUGAUGACGCUGCACUUUCUCCUCUCGGCCAUGGCCUUGUUUCUUUUGCCCCUUUGUUACUCGUAUUCCCUCAUGGUCCUUAUGUCCGUGAUUCUAGGCUGGUCCACUGGAGCCACCGAGAUCCUGAUACAUGUUUUCUUCAUGGAACUGGUUGAGUCCGCCAACUUCAGCGUCUGCUUCGGUGCGGCGUCCCUCAUGGCUGGCCUGUCCGGGCUUGCCAGGCCUCCGAUAAUUGGACACUUCAGGGACGGAUUGGGAAGUUAUCGCGGAUUGUUCUGGCUCCUAGGAACUUUGUCAGCCUGCAACGUCGUCUUAUGGUGCGGGCUUUGCUUGAGAGAGAGGCGGAGAUGCAACGAGAGAAAUCUCGACAAGCGGCAACCGAAGGAACAUCCCCAGGCAUGACAAUCUGCCGCUGGCUGUUGUCACGGUCUGCACCGUCCGAAGC